AUGGGCCGGUCAAGGGCCAAGGACGGGGGCGCCAAGUCGUUCCCGUCGCCGGCGUCGUCCUCCUCCGCGUCGUCCUCGGAGUUCGAGUUCACGGUGACGCUGUCGCCGGCCUCGAAGCAGCGGUCGGCGGCGCAGCUGUGCCCCGCGGACGACCUCUUCUACAAGGGCCAGCUCCUGCCGCUGCACCUGUCGCCGCGCAUCUCCAUGGUGCGCACGCUGCUGCUGUCUUCGGCGUCCACCUCCUCCGCCUCCGCCUCCGACUCCACCUCCACCUCGCGCGACUCCAACGGCAGCACCUCCUCCACCUUCUCCGCCGACUGCGAGGCCCUCCUGCUCCCGGACUCCGCGCCCUGCUCCUCCCGCCCCAGCUCCGCCACCGACGACGACCGCCACCUCAACCUGCUCCGGGGAACCGCCUCGUUCGCCGGGCUCCCACCAGCAAAGCGCGCCGGGAACAGGUACCUCUCGUCCUUCGCCACCCGCUUCUCCUCCGUCUUCCUCCACCGCGGCGGCGCGCCGGCUGCCGACAAGAAGCCGUCCGGCGGCAACAAGUCGCUUGCCAAGGAGGUGAUCAAGAAGUACGCCAAGAAGGUGAAGCCACUGUACGAGAAGCUGUCCCAGAUGCCCAAGAGCCAGAGCAACCAGCCUCAGCCGCAGCCUCCGGCGCAACAGCAGCAGCAGGGUUUCAAGAAGCCGUUCAGUUUCUCGAUCCGGAAGAAGCGGGGCGACGACGACCAGGCUGCCGCAUCCCCCGCGGUGGCGGCGGCGGAGGCGAGCGCCGGCAAGUACGCGCACUCCAACUCGUUCUCCGGGAACCUCCGGUUCCCGCGGCAGAAGCGGUGCGCGGCGAGCUGCCCCUCGUCCAUGCGGUCCUCGCCGAACCACUCCGGUCUGCUCUCCUUCGGCGGCGCGGGCGGCGUCGGCUUCCCCGACGUGCCUGCCGCGGCAGCGGCCGCCAUGUCGGGCAGCAUUGGCGUCGGUCACGUGUCGUUGUCGAAGUCGCAUUCCUCGUCGAUGGAGGAGCUGCAGAGCGCCAUCGAGGGCGCCAUCGCGCACUGCAAGAACACAAUGGGCGGCGUCGUCUACAUGUGCCCGCGCAAGGGGGCGUCCUCGUCGUCGGCCGCCGGCGAGAUCUGCGCGUUCUGAGCGCAAGUGCACUAGGAUUCGGGCGCAGAGCUAAGUAAAAGACUCUGUUUAAUCGGCAGUAGUAGUAUCCGUUAAUCUACCGUGUUUUGUUUUGUGUCCUUUUUGGUAAGACAUAUGAUAAUGUUGGUAAAUAAGGGUAGUUCGAAGGGGUUAAAUGAUAUUUCUAGCCUUUUAGGGCCUUCCUUUCCCGGAGUUUGAGAUUUGCAUCGGUGUCCUCCAAGUUCAGUCUCAAAAUGAUUAGUUAGAAGAAUUAAAAGUUGCAAGAAAUGUGUUAGUAAGAUGACGUGGCUAUUAUUAGGCUAUAUAAGCUCGAGUUGUGCAUUUCGCCACUUCAUUGCAAAAUAUCAUCUCUUAGAAGGUUCACAUAAUCACAUGCACGUCAACUUUGGAUAGACUAUUUUGCUUGCACAUGAGUUCUCCAACCAUAAUUUGCAAAUUAAAAUCCAUUGAAAGCAGAUGUUUGAGAAGUUUGGAAUAUGAACCUGCCCAUUUAAAUUUCUAGAUGGAGGUGCCGAUGCAAAUCAACUUCAUUCUCUGGAGAAAGGACGCGUAAAGCUCCUUAAUUAGUUAACUAGACAAGGAUUCCCUUCCAAAAAGGUUAGGACUGGGAUUUUGGGACUAUGAUGUGGCAGUCUGAGCUUAU